UUUUGCAAUACGCUAGACAAUGAAGUAAUUGUUUUAGUAGACGGCGACGAAUAGCUAGAGACUUCCAUUAACACAUGGCUAUACGUGCUCAGAUGUACAAUACAGUGGAUAGUUAUAGACCGGAUCUUCCAUGUGGCCAACAGUCUUAAUAACUGGCCCCCCCACAUACUUUUUCAUUGGUUUGCUAUAGACUAAUUAAGUGCUUCUCGCGAAAUGCAGAAAAUUAGAUUUUAUAAAAGGCUAGAAAGGGAAAUGCAAGAAAAACACGGAAAGACAUCAGACUUAACGCUUUACUUGAUCUGAAACUAUGACAGAAAACAUUGGAAAGCUAUAAAAGUUGAGACAAUAACAUCUGCAGUCACUUCACAAAUAGGACACUUGCCGUGCGAAUCAGAUUCUGUUCACUUGCUUCAGCUGAGUUCGUAAUGUGAAGACAAGGACGAUAACGAACAAACUGACGUGAGCCUGGAAGGAAAUAUGAACAUAACCAAUUUCACGAAUUUUUCAACCUCUCCGUUGAGAAGAGACACGCCUUUCGAUGGAAGAACAGCAGAUCACCCAGAGCCCUAUGUACUGAGAGUCUUAAGCUUGCUGUUGUUCUCUGUUAUCAUUCUUGCAAGUUUAAUCGGGAACACGUUGGUGUUAAAGGCGGUAAUCGAGCUUCCUAGCCGAUGCAAGCCAUUUACGUAUCAUCUGGUGGCUAACUUGGCUGUCGCGGAGAUUGUCAGCUCGCUGUGUCAGCCAUUCGCCAUGACCUACCAAGAAAUGUACAGCUGGGUCUUUGGUGGGUUCAACUGUAAGCUGCUCGUUCCACUGCAAGUCUUGGCCGUUGUUGUGGUUACUAGCGACAUGGCCGUCAUCGCGGUUUAUCGCUACCAGCGAAUAGUUACACCAAAGAAAAAGCUCUCGGCUCUCUUAAGGGUGCUGAUCAUUGGUGGAAUAUGGCUCGCAGCCCUGGCACUCUCGCUUCCUCUAUUUGUGACGCGAAUUCUUGUAGAGCUGCCAUCUGGACACAAACUGUGCUUUUCGCAGUUCACGGGUAAUGACACCUACACCAUCAUUCGAUUCACCUUAUGCUUCUUACUUCCCUAUCUGGUUAUGAUGUGGUCCUACGGGGCGGUGGCACUGAAACUCAAGCGUCAUAUCCGAAGAAAUGCCGAGGAAACUUCGGAGAUCAUGAUGUCAUCACGAAAGAGUUCCGACGACCGAAGGGUGGUUCUGCAUCUUCAGUACGGUGCGCCCGGGAGGGAAGUCCUUCUGGAAGUUAACAACAGGAAUCCGAGGCCUGGAAACAAGUGUAACGCUGACCUUGAAUGCGACCUUCUGAGAAUGAUCUACGUCAUCAUCUUAUCAUUUGUGUUCUGCUACAUUCCUUACCAGAUCUUGUUUUUAUGGGAAUACUCGACAGCUGGGAGUAACAGAUGGCAGUUUCGUUACCAAGCAAUGAUGCGCAAGUAUUUUUAUAUUCUAACGUGUUUGCCAAGCGCCGUUCAUCCAUUAUGUUACGGCACUAUGAACAGGUUCUUUGCACGAGCCUUUUCCAAGAUUGUGAUGUGCAGGCACUAAAGGCUUAUCACAGACAAGCUGAAUCCAAGACUCACCUUCUCCGUCUCUUAACGACGUUUACUGAAAUAAGUUAAAAUCGCGAUCCAUGCAAACCUUAAUUUGAUCAUGUUCCUCUUGAGCAAAAUGAUAAGAAUGUUUAAACUGUUCUGUUAAAUUGUAAUAAGCAUUCGCUAAGUCAUAAUAAUUGUUUGGAGGUAGGCUGGGCAGUUGCGUAUAUCAAUCCAAGUCCACUAUUAUGAAAAGUGUUCGUGUGCCCCCUCAACUAAACAAACAGCCUGCAAACAGGCUCCCGGCGAGGAAAGAAAAAAAUCGGCGAGCAAAGCGAGCCGAAGAGCGAGAAAGUGGAGAAUUCGGAGAGCGAAGCGAUCGGGCCUGCGCGUUCAGGUUCGACGGGAGUCUGUUCGCAGGCUACUAAACCAAAUGCAUGGCAUUACAAGAGUACCAUUGUUAGAUGUUCAAAGAAACGAAAACUGUAGGGGCACUGCAGACUGCAGACCAUCCGGGCCCGGGGGAGGGAGGGAGUAGAAAUUCUCCGGGUGGUACGAGAGUUAAGUACGCACCAGUAACUUGGGCUACCUAGUUCCAAUAUACAGGAAAACAGGUGAAGGUGUAGCAUCUUCCACGCGUACAGUUACACGUAGUUAAGAAGCAACGCGAGGGAUGAUAAUGCGUCAAAACCAUCGUCUCUUUAUUUCACUUGCGCUUCUUUCUCGAUUCAACGAGUAAAACACGUUGUAUUCUUGGAAAAGGUAACAUAAUUCAUAAUUUUAUUAUAUAAACACAUCCAUAAUUAUAAUUUCGGUUAAAGCUAUCAUAUUAACAUGGAAGCCUUUCCUAUUUGCAAUAUUUUGUAAAGCAGUAAAUGAUAAGUAGAUUGCAGUCUCACUGCCAAAACAGAAUCAAAUCUCUCACGACUGUUACAUAUGAUUACUGAAAAGGGCAAAGAUCUUAUUGGAUUUAUUUCUCUAUUUUGCAUCUCUCAACCGUUGAAUCUGAUAGGGA